AUGGCUACGACGUCCUUCAAAGAGAAAAUCAAAGGCAUAGGGGGUAAUCCUUCAUACGAAGUAAAGGCUCGCGUCUUACGAGGACAUCUUGAAGCCAAGAUUCCACAGGGUCUCCAGCUUCCCCUAGCACUUCUUGAGGAUCCACCUCUUGAUGUCACUCAUAUCCCUGAGACGUGUGGCUUACUCACUGCCCAAGAGUUGGCUAUCACUGAACUAGAUGCAACCGCUGUGUGCCAAAAGAUUGCCGCAGACGAACUGACAGCAGUCGAGGCUGUCACUGCCUUUGGAAAGCGUGCAGCUAUCGCCCAUCAGCUCACAGGUUGUCUUACGGACUUCUUCCUCGAUGAAGGCAUAGAGCAGGCGCGGCAGUUGGAUGAGUACUUCAAAAAAGAAGGCAAGGUCAUUGGGCCACUUCAUGGAUUGCCAAUUUCAGUCAAAGUUAGUGUAUCAUCACCGAACAUGCAGUCAUCUAUUCUUAAUCCCCGCCGUCCUCAGGCCCAUUACCGAAUAAAGGGGACAGUUGGAUUUGCAGGCUUUCUCGUGAAUGUGGAAACUUCGACGGAAGACUGCGAUAUGACAAGCAUUCUGCGUUCAUUAGGUGCAGUCUUCUAUGUCAAGACCAAUCAGCCACAGUCUAUAAUGCACCUCGAGUCUAAGUCUUGCUAUAGUCGAGUGCUGAACCCCCACAAUACGGACCUUACUGCAGGAGGAUCUUCCGGUGGUGAAUCGGCCCUUGUCGCCAUGAAGGGCUCUUGUAUGGGUAUUGGCACCGAUGGCGGAGGAUCUAUUCGAUGUCCGUCCGCCCAUUGUGGUAUAUACGGAAUCCGUCCGUCUUCUCGGACAACACCCAGCCACGGAACUCUGUGGUAUCAACAUGGCCAGGACGGAGUGUUUCCUUCAACAGGCCCGAUGUGUCGCUCAGCACGAGACAUGCGACUUUUCCUCGAAGCUGUCCUUGGGGCCAAUCCUUCACAUCGGGACCCAGAUGCUUUGCCUAUUCCACUGAAAGUGCCAGACCUGACCCAAAAGAAACUGCGCGUAGGAAUCAUGAUGCACGAUGGGGUUGUGAUGCCUCAUCCCCCAACUAUCCGAGCACUGAAAUUUUUGAAAGAAAAGCUGGAGGCAUCGUCAGAGGUCGAGGUGGUAAACUACACACCGUACGACCACGACCGUGGAUACAGCAUAAUUCGCGAGCUCUACUAUGAGGAUGGAGGAGCUACAGUUCGACAUAUUCUGGAGGAGAGUGGAGAAGAUAUGCACCCGCUGACAGAAUGGGUAAUCAGUCCACCAUACGUGAAAAAUCAUGAUGCUGCGCAAAUUUGGAAGCUACGUGAUCUACGUGAUACCUACCGGCGGGAGUACUCUGAUCACUGGUGGUCCCAAAACGUCGACGUCGUUGUAUGCCCACCCUUUCAAGGUACAGCUAGCCCCCAUGACACUACAAGAUAUUGGAGCUACACGGCUAUCUGGAAUUUGCUAGACUACCCAGGAGCAGUCUUCCCGACAGGUCUCGUCGCUGACACAGCCAUUGAUUUAUAUCUGGAGUCACCUAGCCCGAUGAGCGCGGCGGAUGAGUACAACAUCUCCUUGUAUGAUGCAGCGAUAUUCAAGGGAGCCCCGGUGUCGCUGCAGACUGUGAGCCGAAAAUUCAAUGACGGUUUGGUGUUGGCGGCACAGGAUUUAAUUGAACGCAUCCUCCAGUCUUAG